AUGGCAGCCAGCGCAAUGGACCCGAAGCAGCUGUUCGAGGUCGCAAAACAGAUUCAAAAAGCCACCGAAUCGGGCGACUCUUCCACCUCGAUCUUGGCCAUUCUGGCGCCACUGGAGAAGUUCAAGGCGACGGAAGACUUGCUGCGCCAGAGCAAGAUCGGUGUUGCCGUCACCAAGCUGCGCCAGAACAAGGACCCCAAAGUGAGCGAGGCAGCAACGCGGCUGGUCAGUCGGUGGAAGCAGGAGGUUUCACAGAGCAAGAAGAAGCGCGCAGGAGGAGAUAGUAGUCCUGCGCCUGCCGCCAACAAGGCUCUGAACGGUGCAGCCGCUUCAUCCGCACGAAACAGCGCUACAAGCAGUCCCGUGCCGCCGGCCAAGGAAGUGGAGAAGGAGGACAAGAAGAGCAAGAUCGAUCCGGAGAAACGCAACACCAAGACGGACAGCGUGAACAACCAGGUCACCGGUGAUGUUGUACGCGAUGGGUGUCUGAAGCUGAUGUACGACGGCAUUGCUUUCAUGUCCAAUGAGUCGCCCGACGAUGUCCUGAAAGUAGCGCGCAAGGUUGAGGUCGCGGCUUUUGAGCACUUCAAGCAGACUACCAGCCCCGAGUACAAGACCAAGAUGCGAAGUCUGUAUCAGAACCUCAAGAUGAAGCCGAAUGACUCCCUACGAAAAGACGUCUUCAGCGAGACCAUUUCUGCUACCAAAUUUGUUACCAUGUCCUCCGACGAGCYCAAAUCCGCGGAAAAGCGAGCCGAGGAUGCUUUGCUCGAGAAGGAAAACAUGAACAAAUCCAUGACUCCCCAGGAAGUGAAGGCCAUAUCCACCACGUUCACGUGCGGCAAAUGCAAGCAGUCCAAGGUGUCGUACUCACAAGCUCAGACUCGAUCCGCUGAUGAGCCUCUCACGACGUUCUGCGAGUGUGUGCUCUGUGGCAAUCGGUGGAAGUUCUCAUGA